CCCACUUACAGUGUUUAGUGUUGGACCAGAAAAGGGUUAGGAGUUUAGAGCGAGAGAGAGAAAAUGGAGAGCGCCGCCGUGUUCGCAGGGCUUCAACCCAGCCCCAACAGUGUCCUGUGCCCCUCACGCAGCGUUCCAACCCUUCUCCCUGCUCUCUACGCCGACCAAAGACACUUCUGUCCUCCAUCUCUCAAGCUUGAAAAGAAGUCCCAAUUCACUUCUUAUAGCACUAGUAAUAGCAAUAAUGUUCGUGUGGCCUCUCCUCCUAGCAACAUAACACAUGAUUUAGCUGACAUAGAUUGGGAUAACCUUGGUUUUGGGUUUAUGCCUACGGAUUAUAUGUAUAUCAUGAAAUGCUCUCAAGGUGGAGAUUUUUCGAAAGGUGAAUUACAGCGUUUUGGGAACAUUGAAUUGAGCCCAUCUUCUGGAGUCUUAAACUAUGGGCAGGGAUUAUUCGAAGGUCUGAAAGCGUAUAGGAAAGAAGAUGGUAAUAUUUUACUGUUUCGUCCAGAGGAAAAUGCAUUGCGAUUAAGGAUGGGUGCAGAGCGUAUGUGCAUGCCUUCGCCAACUGUUGAACAGUUUGUGGAAGCUGUGAAGGUUACUGUAUUGGCAAACAAGCGAUGGAUUCCACCUCAGGGUAAAGGUUCCUUGUACAUAAGACCAUUGCUUAUGGGGAGCGGAGCUGUUCUUGGUCUUGCUCCAGCUCCCGAGUAUACCUUUCUGAUUUAUGUUUCACCUGUUGGAAAUUAUUUCAAGGAAGGUUUGGCACCGAUAAAUUUGGUGGUUGAAUCUGAACUGCAUCGGGCAACUCCUGGUGGUACUGGAGGUGUGAAGACGAUAGGAAACUAUGCUGCGGUUCUGAAAGCACAAGCAGCUGCAAAGGCCAAAGGCUAUUCUGAUGUUCUUUACCUUGAUUGUGUUAACAAAAGAUAUCUGGAGGAGGUUUCUUCUUGCAAUAUUUUUCUUGUGAAGGAUAAUAUUAUAUCUACUCCUGCAAUUAAAGGGACCAUCCUACCUGGCAUUACACGAAAGAGUAUAAUUGAUGUUGCUCGUAGCCAAGGCUUCCAGGUUGAGGAACGACAGGUGGCAGUCGAUGAAUUGCUUGAUGCUGAUGAAGUUUUCUGUACUGGAACAGCUGUAGUUGUAUCACCUGUGGGCAGCAUUACCUACCUUGAUAGAAGGGUAUCUUAUGGACAUGGUGGGAUUGGCAAUGUGGCCCAGCAACUUUAUUCUGCACUCACCAGUCUACAAAUGGGGCUUGCGCGAGACACGAUGAAUUGGGUUGUUGAGCUGAAGUAGGCUGUUUCAGAUAAUUGCUACGACGCCAUGGAUUGGGCUGUCGAGCUGAAGUAGGGUGUUUGGUACAAGUGCUUCGUUUUACUUCAUUUUAAUUUUUCCCUUUCGACCUUGUGCAAAUGAAAUCUAUCUAAAUUCAUCAUUGAAUGUUAGAGAUUGUCCAGCUUUUUUUUUUUAUUUGGUGAUUUGUAGAUAGUUAUUCGAAAUUGUGUUUAAUAAACAUUUUACAAUGUAUGCUAGAUGACUUCUCAAGGGAGUCGAAUUGUUCUUACA